GUCUAAUCCGCCAAUGGCGGCGUAAAUUCAUCCUGCGAAGCCACCUCGAUGCCGUGAAGUCAGGCACCCCCUGGGAUCGACUUCAUGUCGACGCAAGUCCGUGUUUCACAGCGCCAACCUUUGGCUUGUUGGGAAUGUACCAGGCGAAAACGAAAAUGUGACAAAACCAUACCCUGUUCACGGUGCGAGCGGCUAGGACUCAAUUGCAGCCGUGAGAUUGUCCACAUCCGUCGCCGGCUGGGUCAGCACGGCCUGGAGAUCCAAUUCUUGACGUCGAUCAGGGAGGACUUGGAACGAGCUCAGCCGACCGAGAUCGAUAGCAUUGUCCGAAGACUCACGGAUCACAUCGAGUCACUUAAAUUGGGGUCGAAUUUGAAUGUCAACGCAAGCCUUGAAAAGAUCCGACUCGAGUCGGGGCAUGGCCACCUGGAUAGUGAUUCGAUGGCCUUGGUCGAAGGACAAGAUUCAGCCAUCGUGACGGCGGUCGAGCAUCUAGCUUGGGGUCGCAGCAAUGGCAACUGCUAUCCGCAUCGACACUGUGCCUGUCUGUAUCGCCAGCAUUGGAUAGCAAUGUCCCCAAUGAACAGCCAGUCGUUUGACUUUGCCGCCUCCCAGAUGGCGGCCGUGGCCACCCUUCCAGACUGUGCCGACGCGGAGAGAUUGGUAUCCUUUCAUCUCACCCGUAUCACCUGGCACCACAACUGCAUCCACUCUCCGACCUUUUGGAGACAGUGCCAGGCGUUUUGGCAGACGGGGAAAUGCGACCAUCCCCAGUGGAUUGCCUUGUAUUACGCUGUACUGAGCACGACCUUGUUUUGCGUCCAAAAUAGUGCACAAUUUCUCGAAGAAUUCGAUCUCGAGUCCGGCAUAGAAACGGCGCAGCAGCUGUUCAAGACCAUGGUCGAGGUGCUCUACACGAGCCACUUUCUCCAAAACAUAUCCUUCUACGCCGUCCAGGCCAUUGUCAUUUCGACCGAGGUGGCGCACAAUUUUGGAUUGAGCCAGCUCAACGCCACCCUCUUCAGCGCCGCCAUCAGGAUCGCAGAGUGUCUGGGGGUGCACAAGAUUCAAGACGGCGUGUCCCCCCAUUUGACCCCCGAAGAGGCCUGGCACGAAACGGUCGAAAAGGAAGUGGGCAGAAGGGUCUGGUGCCAGAUGAUCAUCCAAGACUACUUUGCGAUCCCCUUUACCGAUUCCUACGCCAUCAAUCCUGCUCAAUACUCUACCAGUCUGGCCAGCAAUGCCCAUGACCAUGACCUCGUGGCCAGACCAGACUCGGUCCCCACCAUCAGUACAUAUACCCGCGUGUUGGCCACGAUUGCCAAAUUGAUGCCCGACUUUGUCGACGGAUUGGGACCGUUGAACGCCCGAAAGCCCCUGGCAGAACAGUACCAACACGUUUUGCGCAUGGAUCAAAAGAUGCGCGACGUUGUGCAGACAAUCCCCGACUUCCUCCUUCGCCAUGACGCCCAAAAGGAGGCACUGGUGGGCUGGUUGGGGAUUGCCCGUCGCAGUCUUGCCAUCACGGCGGCGGAAAAGAUCAUCAUGAUUCACAGGCCAUUCAUCUUUCGGUCGUUUCUCUCGGACGCUUAUGCUCGCACAAGGAAGACGUGUGUAUUUGCGGCCGUGACGAUUCUUCGAGAACACGAGAACAUUGCCUCGUCGGGAGAAUUGUGUCUGUGGACUCACACCGCAUUCUGCAUCACGGCCGCCGUCAUCCUCUGUUUUGAAAUCGCCAUGGGCGCGGCCACACAUUCCAAAGACCGGCACGAAAUGUUUCGCGGCUUGGUCCAGACGGCCACGAGUCGUCUCGAAGGCCGCAAGCACGACGUCCUGGCCAGACGGGGGAUAUUCUUGGUCGGCGCCAUCCUCGCAGAAGUCGACGGAGCCAUGACGGAAAUAGAAGCUCCCGGGCAAUCGAUAGGCCCAUGCCCGAAGACGAUUGAUUUCCAUGACAUUGUGAAGCGGUUCAGUGCCGACUGGGUUUUCUUGGGUGCAGCCGAGCUGGCCACACCGUUCGUCUACGAGGGGCAAGUCUAUGAACCACACGACGGCUCUGCCACAGCAGCCGGUGCACACAACCAGUCGAUGUCUGCCGACGAGGACUUUGAGUCUUGGUUCAGCGACGUCUUUACCACGGCCGACCCGGUGCGGUGACCGUUACAGGGCAAGCCGCGUCUGUCCAGGCGAUUCAGAUUCCAAUCAAAGCGUCUCCACGUCGCAUGCGUGGCUU